AGCAAUGGAUCCUCGUCUGCUACCUGCGACACGGGACUCCAGCUCUUCUCCACCGAGCUCCAAACAGGACCUCCCAACAUUCAACCCCAACCUGAAACCCAACCAGGUCAGCGAGACCGCCCUGUAUGGAAUACCCAUAGUCUGCCUGGUGCUGGACGGCCAGGAGAGACUGUGUCUGGCGCAGAUCUCCAACACUCUGCUGAAGAACUACAGCUAUAACGAGAUCCACAACCGGCGCGUGGCGCUGGGAAUCACCUGCGUGCAAUGCACCCCGGUCCAGCUGGAGAUUCUGAGGCGUGCGGGCGCCAUGCCCAUCUCCUCGAGGCGCUGUGGGAUGAUUACAAAGCGCGAGGCCGAGAGGCUUUGUAAAUCAUUUCUUGGAGCUCACAACCCUCCAAAAUUACCGGAAAACUUCGCGUUUGAUGUGUCCCACGAGUGCGCGUGGGGGAGCCGUGGUAACUUUAUACCAGCCAGGUACAACAGCUCCCGGGCCAAGUGCAUCAAGUGCUCCUUCUGCAAUAUGUAUUUUUCUCCCAAUAAAUUCAUAUUCCACUCUCACCGCACACCAGAGUCAAAGUACACCCAGCCAGACGCUGCUAACUUUAACUCCUGGAGGAGACACCUCAAACUGACCGACAAGGGCUCACCUGACGACGUGGCACAUGCAUGGGAGGACGUGAAGGCCAUGUUCAACGGGGGCAGCCGGAAGAGAACGAUGCCCGUGCACGGUCACGGGUCUGAGCGUUCCUUUCCAUUGAAAUCACAUCAAGGACCUAGCAACCUCUCCCGGAGAGACUCACCGGAGAUUCCCCCUAAAAUCCUCCGCUGCGAGGACAACCGGGGAGGCAUGGGGAGUAUGAGUACCACGCGCAGCUAUCCGGUUAUCCCGGUGCCCAGUAAGAGCUUCGGAAUGCUGCAGAAUGUGAAGAUUCCUCCGCCGCUUUACCCUCAUCCCUACGGGUUCCCGACAUUCGGGCUGUUCCAGAAAAAGAAUGAUAGUGGUGGUGUGAUGGAAGGAGAGCAAAACAAAGCCCACCUCUCCGGGGUCUUCUCCUGGCCUAGCACCAAGGACAGCGCCUACCACUCUUUCCCCAUGUUCUGGCCUACUGCAGGUGGCCUGACCAUGCCCCCCUACCCCCACCCCCAGCCACAGCCACAGGCCCAGCACAAACCGCACUCGGAGCUCCUGUGCGCCAGACAGAGUGAUCUGGACGCAUCCGAGCAGAGUGACAGAAGUAGCAACACUCCGAGGGACAGUCUGAUGGACAGUGACCAGUGCUCUAGCACACAGUCCACCCGGAAUGAGGACGACAAGUUUGGCGAUGAGGCGAGGCCAAUGGACUGUAUAAGGCCAGUUCUAUCACGGAAGAUUAGCUACGUCUCUGCAUUCAGACCCGUCAUCAAAGACGCGGAUAGUAUAGCCAAACUUUACGGUAACCGGGGGUCGUACAACGGGGCUCGAGCUGGCUACCUGUCACCAGAUUUCCUGAGCGAGAGCUCGAGUUACAGGUCCGUGUCCCCCGGAAGCGUGGACAGUGUGGGAGAGACGGAUGUGGAUGUUGAAACCAAUAAAUCACAAGAGGAUGAGGAGUCACUUCUGCACAACACUGAGGUCAGCAAGAGCCCCCUUGUACCCUUUCUAAACUUGGCACAGGGUGCUUCACUAAACGGCCUAGAAUCCAAAUCGGAGCCGGAGCAAGCGGCUGUGGUCGACUCACAGAGAAUGAAUCUACCUCUACACGUGGUACUACUGUCUUCAGACAGAGAGAGACAGGAGAACAAGACCACGUCUAUUGUUGAAGUGAGUGAUUGAUAUGGACACACUCCUUAUAUUCGAUGUCCUACAUACCAAGGAAAAUACUUUUUGUUUGUUUGUUAUGAAUUAGGAAUUCACAGAUAGGAAUUAAAAAAGUAACAAUAGACCAUCGUUAAUUAAUUGACUCAUCGGAAAAGGGCAUCAUCCUUUAUAAUGUCACGUAUAGAUUUGGGCUUAUUUUUCAUUUUACGUUCACGUUUGUUUUGUCUGUGUUAAAUAGCAGAGCAUCAAAGGUCGUUCAAAUACACAAUUUGUC